AUGACCACGGACACUUUUGCAGAGUUCCUGAACAAGCUCAAGGAAAUUCACGAGAAAGAAGUUCAAGGGCUGCAAUCAAAGCUAACGGAGCUGACGACGGAGAAGUGCCGCGAUGCCCAGAGAAUCGAAGAGUUGUUUGCUAAAAACCACCAAUUAAGGGAACAACAGAAGGUCCUCAAAGAAAAUGUGAAAGUGCUAGAAAACAGGCUGCGAGCAGGUCUCUGUGACAGAUGCAUGGUCACCCAGGAGCUGGCAAAAAAGAAGCAGAAUGAGUACGAGACCUCCCACUUCCAGAGCCUCCAGCACAUCUUCAUUCUCACUAAUGAAAUGAGUCGCCUGAAGGAGGAGAAUAAAACUCUCAAGGAAGAACUAAAGAGGCUCCAGAGCCUGGAGGACAGGACCAAGUGCCCAGGAGCCAUCUCCAGAGAGAGCAGCUCCGCGCCCAGCUCCCCCUUGGCCUUACUGUCCCCAGCGAGCCGGAACGCCAGCAGCGAGAGAGGGGCUCCCAGGGCAGCAGAGGAGACCCACCACGAUGUGCCGGGGCUUGAGCUGGGUGAAGAAAAGCCUGCAGGACAGAGAAGCUCUCCAAGCAGCAGGAUUUCCCCAAGCACCGUCCUCCAGGAGGCCAGCCUUGCAGAAAUGGCAUCCCAGAGGAUCUCCAACCAGCUGCACGGGACCAUCGCCUUGGUGAGACCCGGCUCCAGACCGUGCCUCCUGGAGAAAAGUCCUUCGGGAGCAGCAGUGUCCCCCCCGGCAAGAAAAACCCCUCUGCCGCUGGAGCGGGAGCGCAGCCCCAGCCUGGAGCCCUAUUUAACAGCAACCAAGCCAGACUCACCCAAGCUUGCCUCGUCUUACGAAACCCUAAAACUGACCGCCCGGAAAGAGCAGCUCUGCCUCCUCAACAGGCACUUCUCCCUGCACCAGCUGGGGCUGGCGGGCAACUGCGCCCUGGCCGACAGGGACGGCAGCUUCCCCAGCCACCUGCUCAGGGCCAAAGAUGGCGAGGGCAGGAUGAGGCCCCCCGACGACUGGGACGACCGCGCUGCCCUGCUCAAGCUCCCCGCCACCGUGGUGUACAUGAGGGACCAGCACCUGGAGGGGAAGCUGCACCUCCUCAAGCACCGGGAGCGGCUGCAGCAUCUCCUCCUGCACCAGCGGCAGCAAAGCCAACGGGCCAGGGCAGAGAGUGACCCGAAAUCUGUGCCCGAGGAGCGGCCCCUGUCCCCGUGGCCGAGCAUCAUGGGGGGAUGCAAGGAGGAGAGGUCCUUCCUGGAGGAUGCCGUGGAUGGGAAGGAGGAGAAGGAGCUUUGGCUGAGCCGGGAUGUCUCUGAGCACCGAGAAAAGGUGGAGGUGGGGAGGGACUAUGGUGCGGACGUACCGCUGGACCUGUCGGAUGCUGGCCGCGGCAGGGAAGCAGGCUGGAAGGACUGCCGGGAGCCGCGGGAGGCCGGCAGCCCACGGCCGAGCCCCAGGGGCAGCCCCAUGCACGGCCCCUGCGGGCGGCACGGGAUGGAGCAGGACGGCUCGCGUCCCCCCAGCCGCUGGCCCAGCGCUCCCCGGGCACCACUUGCAGAGCAGCACGGUGCUGCCGAGGAGGAGGAGGAGGAGGAGCAGGAGGAAGAAGCUAUGCUCGCUCUCUCCCGGACGCAUCCUACAAGCAAGCCAACGCUGAGCGACCCAGAGGCCCUCACAGAGCCCAGGGUGAGACUGGCUGCCAGUGCACACAAGGGAGAACCAGGUAAGGAGCCCCAGGCAAGCGUGACGUCUGAGAAGGCAAGAGCCAAAGAUGACGACGAUGCUGAGUCCGGGCAGCAGGAAUCCGACGAGGCAGACACGACGGACAGUGAGGUGGCUGCCCCUUGUGAGCAUGACGUCCUGCAAGAAGCCCAGGCUGAAGGGAAAUACUUUUGCACCAAAGACAGAGCUCACGCACUACAAAAGAAGAGGAAAAGAGGACAGGAUCCCUGGACAAAAGGAUCUAAGAAGUCAAUGAGAGGAAGGAAGAAAGUCAAAGCUGAACAGUGCUCGGCGGGGAUCACAGAAGAGCCAGAGAACUGCUCAGCUGCCAGCCACGACGCCUCCGAGGAGAGCUAA